ACAUUUCGCGCAGCCAGGAAUCUGUGACUACAAUUGGUUGCACACCUCAACAAGCUGCUGCACAUGUUUACAGCUUUGCAAUCAAGAAGCGAUGCUAUUCAGACCGCAAUCACUUUUGGGGCGCCGGCAGCUGGGCCAACAAGUUUCCCGACCAGCGAACGGAAACCGUUCGCUGGUGUCGCGUCUCGCUCCAUUCCUGGCCGAAGACUGGACACCAGACCUUCCUCUGCCUCAAUAAAAUUGUGAGCACUUUGAUGACACUCGCCUGAAGCCGAUGACUUGGGCGUUGUUCAAAGAUGUCCGCUUCGACAUCAGUGGGCACUUACUUGGGGAGCGUGUAGAAUUCCUUCCCAACCCCAAAUGGGUCAUCGAUGUUGGAUUCCAGGUUCCUUUCCGCGCCUGCCCAAACCUGGUCCGCAUCGAGGUCGACGGCAGUGAUGAGCUGCUGGCAUGGGAGCAUUUGCACUGGUUUCCCUGAGAGGAUGCAGCUGCUUACAGUUAUAUAUGCCGACGAACAUGAGAAAGAUCGUCCCGCGCCGGAGACAAUAUUUGAUAG